CCACCACCUCCUCUAUGACGAAGUUCCGUGGCGCGGGUCGGUGAGGAGAGGAGCGGUGAGGAGGGAAGAUGGCGGAAUAUUUGGCUUCAAUCUUCGGCACAGAGAAGGAUAAGGUGAAUUGUUCCUUUUAUUUCAAGAUCGGUGCUUGUCGCCAUGGAGACCGCUGCUCAAGACUUCACAACAAACCCACCUUCAGUCAGACGAUCGCUCUGCUCAAUAUUUACCACAACCCACAGAACUCCUCCCAGUCAGCAGAUGGGAUGCGUUCAGGUGCAGUCAGCGUUGUGGAGAUGCAGGAACAUUAUGACAAGUUUUUUGAGGAAGUCUUCACUGAGAUGGAGGAGAAGUACAGGGAGGUGGAGGAGAUGAAUGUGUGCGAUAAUUUAGGAGAUCAUCUUGUGGGAAAUGUCUACGUGAAGUUCCGGCGAGAAGAAGACGCAGAGAAGGCGGUGAAGGAUUUAAACAACCGCUGGUUCUACGGUCAGCCCAUCCACGCAGAACUGUCUCCAGACGACUUCCGGGAGGCGUGUUGCCGCCAGUAUGAGAUGGGGGAAUGCACACGCGGCGGUUUCUGUAACUUCAUGCAUCUUAAACCGAUCUCACGAGAGCUGUGCUGGGAGCUGUACGGCCGCCGUAGGAAGAACACAUUCCCUCAGAAGGAAUUUGACGUCGUCAGGUCACAAGAGAGACAAUCCCAUUCCAGAGAUCGCGGCCAAAGAGGCCGUGAUGGAGGCCGGGAAAGAGAUCGACGGAGGUCAAGAGACCUGAGGAGGCACAUUUUAAUUCCGUGUUGUGGAUGGACGUUAAAGUUUAUGAAUGGAGAAGGGUGCUUCGCACUCAGACACGGGGGAACGGGGGGGGGGGGUCUUUUUCAAUGUUUUUUUUAUCCUGGGGUUCCAAUUAAACAUUUGUAGUGAUGGAGUAAAAAAAAAA